GUGUCGUUUUGAUUAAUCAACUAAAAUUACUAAACUACCCAUAUAAAAACAAAUCGCGUCCCUAUAUUGACCUCAUCAUAUCAACCACCACACAAACAACCUUAUAAAUAACGAAACCAUAACUCAACAUCUCUUAUGAAAUCUGAAUCUCUCUGUUCUGUUCCUUUUCGCACCAAUUAUUGAAAUUUUCACUUUCCUCUCUUUUUCUUUCUCCUCCAAAAACCAAUAACCAAACACCGACCAAACCAAACCCUUCUUCUUCUUCUUCCCCAAUUUCUCUUCUCUUCGCUCGGAUCUCAAAAUUCGCUUGAUUUCUUUCAUGAUCCGAUCGAGCUGAGAAGAGAAAAACACAAUUUACUCAAUCAAUUGUUUUCUUUUGUUUCGAAUUUCAACAAAUUUAGCUGCAUGAGCUGGUUUGGAAAAUUGCGUUUAUUUUCUAACCUAAAUUCGUUUCACUUCAUUACUUGUUUGUUAAUUUUUAAUCUUCAUUUUGAACCUUCAUUCAUCAAUUCCAAUUCAAAUAUUAAUACUAAUUUAAAUACUAAUUUCGAUUAUUCUCACUAUGGAGUCACGAAUUAAGACUAAUUCACGCAAAGGUUUUAAUUUUACAAAUGUUGACCAGCAGUCUGAGAGGUCACCGUCUGUUAUUGUCAUAGGCGGUGGUAUGGCUGGGAUUGCUGCUGCUCGUGCACUUCAGGAUGCUUCGUUUCAGGUUGUUCUUUUAGAAUCCCGGGAUAGACUUGGUGGCAGGAUUCACACUGAUUACUCAUUUGGUUUUCCUAUUGACCUAGGUGCAUCAUGGUUGCAUGGAGUUUGCAAUGAGAAUCCUCUGGCUCCAUUGAUUGGAAGGCUGGGCCUACCUCUUUACCGUACUUGUGAGGAUAACUCUGUCCUUUAUGAUCAUGAUUUGGAAAGCUAUGCGCUCUUUGAUAUGGAUGGAAAUCAAGUUCCACAAGAGUUGGUUACAGAAGUUGGUAAAAUAUUUGAAAUGAUUUUGCAAGAGACAGAUAAUGUACGACAGGAAUUCAGCGAAGACAUGUCCAUUCUACGUGCACUUUCACUUGUUUUUGAAAGAAAGCCAGAACUGAGAUUGGAGGGACUUUCACACAAGGUGCUUCAGUGGUAUUUAUGUAGAAUGGAAGGUUGGUUUGCUGCAGAUGCUGAUUCCAUAUCAUUGAAAUGUUGGGACCAGGAAGAAUUGCUCCCUGGUGGUCAUGGUCUUAUGGUCAGGGGCUACCUUCCUGUUAUACAUACCCUAGCCAAGGGUCUUGACAUUCGGCUGGGACACAGGGUGACAAAGAUAGUUAGGCGAUAUAAUGGAGUAAAGGUGACUACUGAAAAUGGGAAAACAUUUGUUGCCGAUGCUGCUAUCAUUGCCGUACCACUUGGUGUGUUGAAAGCAAACGUCAUAAAGUUUGAGCCAAAGCUUCCAGAAUGGAAAGAAGCUGCUAUUGCUGAUAUUGGAGUCGGAGUUGAAAAUAAAAUAAUUUUACACUUUAAAAAUGUAUUUUGGCCUAAUGUGGAGUUCCUGGGAGUAGUUGCUGACACAUCUUAUGGAUGCAGCUACUUUCUUAAUCUUCACAAAGCUGCAGGUCAUAAUGUUCUUGUUUACAUGCCUGCUGGGCGGCUGGCCAAAGACAUUGAGAAAAUGUCUGAUGAAGCAGCUGCUGACUUUGCUUUUGCGCAACUCAAGAAGAUCCUUCCAGAUGCUUCUUCACCGAUUCAGUAUCUCGUGUCUAGGUGGGGUACAGAUAUUAAUUCUUUAGGUUCCUAUAGUUAUGAUGCAGUUGGGAAACCGCAUGGUCUGUAUGAGAGGUUGCGGGUUCCUGUAGAUAACUUAUUCUUUGCAGGGGAGGCAACAAGUGUAUUAUAUACAGGGUCUGUUCAUGGUGCAUACUCUACUGGAACAAUGGCUGCUGAGGACUGCAGGAUGCGUGUCCUAGAAAGAUAUGGAGAGCUAGAUAUAUUCCAGCCAGUGUUGGAAGAGGGUUCGGUCAUACCACUUCUGAUCUCUCGUAUUUGAUUUUUUUUUUAUUAUGCCUUAUGCUGCCCCCUUAUGAGUGGCGUGACUCUUUGUACCUCUAAAGUAUUUUGAUUCCUUGAGGUUGAGUAUUAUCAUGGAUAGUACAGUAAUGCAUCAUUAGGUGUUUGGAAAAGACAUUCAGUUAUAUUUUAUACUAAGUAUUGUUACUUUGGA